CAUAAGACAGAAAAAGUUUGUCACAGACACCAGGGAUUGGAGAUCCAGAUUGUCUACGCAGGAAGAAAACAAAGAAGCAAAGAAGAAGUUUGACCAGACACACAACCUAAAGAUGGGAGACCCAGUCCAGUUAAAAGAUGAAGGUAACAAACACUUUCAGGCAGGAGACAUUGACAAGGCCAUUGAGUGCUACACUAAAGCCAUCAAGGUUUGCAAGGACAAGAAGGUGCUGGCUGUCAUUCACAGGAACAGAUCUGCCUGCUACCUAAAAAAGGAAAACUAUACCAAUGCAGCAUCAGAUGCUUCUAAAGCGAUUGACGUUGAUGCGUCAGACAUAAAAGCCUUAUACCGACGGUGUCAAGCCUUGGAGAAGCUGGGAAAAUUGGACAUGGCUUUCAAGGAUGUGCAGAGAUGUGCCACGCUCGAACCCAAGAACAAGACUUUCCUUGAGACUCUCCGCAGGCUGGGAGCAGAGAUCCAGGCCAAGCUCAAAACGACGUUCUCUACAGAUUCAAGGGUACAGAACAUGUUUGAGAUUCUUCUCGAUGAAGAAAUGGAAAAGGACAAGAGGGAAAAAGCUGCCAACAACUUGAUUGUUCUGUCCCGAGAAGACGCUGGAGCAGAGAGAAUCUUCCAGAAUAACGGAGUGCCUCUGCUGCUCAACAUGAUCGAGACAGGCAAACCAGAGAUGAUCUUGGCUGCUGUUCGUACUUUAUCAGGAAUGUGCACAGGACACAAAGCUCGGGGCAUGGCCAUUGUGAACAUGGUGGGUGUUGACAAGAUGUGCAGCGUCAUGGCUAUUGACCAUGAAGAGAUUGCACUGGCAACCUGCAACCUCUUCCAGUGCAUCAAUGAUUCCCUCACUGGUGGAGAUACAAGGGAAUAUGGGAAAGAAGCAUCUUUGGUUUUAGAUGCAUCUAAAGACCUGAAAACUAUUCUUCUCUCACUUCUGGAGAUGGUUGGUAGCAGCAAGGUUUCUGGCCAUGGCAGGGACCAGGCACUGAACCUGUUGACCAAGAAUGUACCUCGGAAGGACAAGAAAGAGAGAAAUAACUCCAGGACCCUCUUCACGAUUGACCAUGGUCUGAAGAAGAUCCUUAAAGUCUGUGGUCAAGUUCCUGAACUUCCCGACCAGUUGCCCUUGACAGAGAACACACAGCUGAUUGCUAGUGUGCUCCUCAACAAGCUCUAUGAAGACCUCACAUGUGACCCAGAGAGAGACAACUUCAGGGACGUUUGUGAUGAAUAUAUAAAAUCCAAAAUUGACCCCAACAACAUGGACAAAACCAUUCAUGCCAUCAAUGCGAUCUCAGGGCUGCUGCAGGGUCCCUUUGACGUUGGCAACGCCCUAGUUGGACGGCAAGGCAUCAUGGAGAUGAUGGUGGCACUGUGUGGUUCCGAACGUGAGGUGGACCAGAUGGUUGCUGUGGAGGCCCUGAUCCAUGCCUCCUCAAAGAUGAGCCGCGCCAGUUUCAUUAUUACCAAUGGAGUGUCACUGUUAAAGGACAUCUACAAGAAGACCAAGAAUGAGAAGAUUAAAAUACGUUCGCUUGUGGGUCUCUGUAAACUGGGUUCAGCUGGAGGUGACGAUUACAGUUUGAGGCAGUUUGCUGAAGGCUCGACAGAGAAGCUGGCCAAGCAGUGCAGAAAAUGGCUCUGUAAUCCCCAGAUUGAUACCAAAACAAGGAAGUGGGCAAUUGAGGGUCUUGCUUAUCUGACAAAUGAUGCUGAUGUGAAAGAUGACUUUGUGGAGGACGAGCUUGCUUUGAAAGCCAUGUUUGAACUGGCUAAGUCUAAAGACAAGACAAUCUUAUAUGCAGUUGCUUGCAUCCUGAUUAACUGCACCAACUCCUAUGAUAAGAAGGAAAUUAUCCCUGAGCUGGUUCAACUGGCCAAGUUCUCAAAACAACACGUGCCUGAGCAACACCCCAAGGACAAGAAAGACUUUAUAGAGAAGAGAGUGAAAAGGCUGCUGAAGGCUGGAGUCACGUCAGCUCUUGCUGUCAUGGUGAAAGCAGACAGCUCCAUCUUGACAGACCAAACCAAAGAGAUGCUGGCGAGAGUUUUCUUGGCAUUGUCAGAAGAUUCCAAAGAUCGUGGUACUAUUGUUGCCCAAGGUGGGGGAAAGGCUUUGAUACCACUUGCUCUGGAAGGAACAGAAGCUGGAAAGGUGAAAGCUAGCCAUGUCCUUGCCAAAAUAGCAGCGAUUUCCAAUCCAGAAAUUGCCUUCCCGGGUGAGAGGGUGUACGAGGUGGUGCGACCUUUAGUGAACCUCCUUCACACAGACAGAGAAGGGACGCAGAACUACGAAGCUCUGAGAGGUCUCACCAACUUGGCUGGUUACAGUGAAAAACUAAGAGUGAAGAUUGUAAAAGAGAAAGCCUUACCAGAGAUUGAAAACUACAUGUUUGAGGAAAACGACCAGAUUAGACAGGCUGCCACAGAAUGCAUGUGCAACCUUGUUACCUGCAAAGAGGUCCAAGAUCGUUAUCUGGAAGAUGGCAAUGAUAAACUGAAGCUGCUGGUGUUGCUAUGUGGUGAAGAUGAUGACAAUCUUCAGAUAGCUGCAGCUGGAGCUCUGGCCAUGAUCACUGCCUCUCAGAAGAAGCUGUGCACCAAAAUGUCCCUGGUGACAACCCAGUGGCUGGAGAUCCUGCAGAGGUUAUGUCUCCACGUCAACCCUAGGAUCCAGCACCGUGGUCUUGUGAUUGUCUACAACGUGCUCAACUCAGAUGAUAGUGAGCUGGCCAAGAAACUGAUCGAGAGUGAGAUCCUGGAAAUCCUAACAGUGAUUGGCAAGGCGGAGGACAAUCCCAAGAGGCAGGAUCCCAUUGACACAGCGCGCACAUGCCUGGUCAAAGCUAUGGAUCUUGGCCUGAUCAAACCCUUUUCCAGCCCUUCUUAAAAGGCUGGCAACCAGCCAAACAGUAAUAACGGACUAUCUUCUUUAUUUCCUCUGUUAAAUAGAGACCUUUCCCCCAAAUUGCUUUUUCCACAUCAGAGAUAUUCAAGAACUCAACAAACUGGCUCCAGAUCACUAAACAGUUUUUUGUUGUUUUUUUUAAAUAUAGAGGUUGUUUUGGGCUUGGGCAGUAUAGUGAGUACAUACGGGGGAUUUCCUGCGAUGAGACAUUUGUUCUCUGAUGGAAAUGAAGAAAUGUAUUACUUCUCUUUGUGCUGAGCUGUAACUGUGAGUGAAUGUUUAAAGGCUGAUCCAUUUACAUGCGCUUGUUUACACUGGGUCCCACUGUUUGAUAUUGGUGUGGUUACAUGAGCCAAAACAUAUCCUUUAAUGACUGCUUUAUGUUUCAGCAUCUAUCUAUCUAUCUAUCUAUCUAUCUAUCUAUCUAUCUAUCUAUCUAUCUAUCUAUCUAUCUAUCUAUCUAUCUAUCUAUGGUUAUGUUUUAUCCAAUAAAGCCUCGAUUUUGUAAAGAUGACACA